AUGGGCAAGGACAAGGUCGAAAAGAAGGAGAAGCGCGCUGAGAAGAAGGAAAAGCGCUCCGAGAAGGACGGUGUGGCCAAGCCCAAGAAGGAAAAGAAGGAUAAGAAGGACAAGACCGUUCUCGCCGAUGCUGUUGAGAAGGAGAUCGCCGCUCAGAAUUCUGCCAACGAUGAUGUUGAGGCUGAUGUUGACGUCGAGAUGGCUAUUGACCGCCCCGUCGGUGCUCUCGUGCCUUUCGCCAACCCAUUGGUUGAGGACAAGCAGGCCAAGAAGGUGCUCAAGAGUGUGAAGAAGGCUGCCGUUAACAAGUCGCUCAAGCGCGGUGUCAAGGAAGUCGUCAAGGCCCUCCGCAAGUCCCCCAUUCCCGCUGCCAACGCUACCAUCGAGGUUCCCAGCGGUGUUGUCAUUCUCGCUGCCGACAUCUCCCCCAUGGACGUCAUCUCCCACAUCCCCGUUCUGUGCGAAGACCAUGGCAUUCCCUACGUCUUCGUUACCUCUCGCGCCGAGCUCGGUGCCUCUGCAGCCACCAAGCGCCCAACCAGUGUCGUCAUGGUGACCCCCAAGGCUGGCAAGAAGGGCAAGAAGGACCUUGAGGCCGAGACCGAUGGCGAGGACUUCACCAAGACCUUCGAGGAGCUUGCCAAGCUCGCCGAAAAGGAGAACAAGAAGGUUUCCGCUUAA